GGCUGGAUUGCGAUAGUAGAUUGGGUGUUUGCCUUUGAGCUCGGAUUGCUUCGGCGAUGAUGUAAAUUGGAUGCUUGUAUUGGGAAGCUUGUUUUCCUCUCUUGUUUUGCUUGGUUGCUGGUAUCCAUAGAUUGAGCAAGCUAGGUAUGGGAGCCAGAGGAGUUAUUAAUGAUAAAUGGUCCAUGAGGGUUCUCUGGGCCUGUGCUAUUGGAAGUGCUAUAAGCCUGUAUUUUGUGGCUGCGGAAAGACAAGCACAGAACAGGGAACGGAUGUUAGCUCAAAGUUUACAGGCCAUGGAGGAAGAAUCAGGCAAUGCUGCAGAUGCUUGACUGUUAUAUUUUAGGCAAUAACUACUUUAGAACUUUCAUACUUCCCAAGCUCUACUUUUUAUCAUUUUGGCCGAUGUAAGGAUUAUGUGGUAAGUUGUUUUUUCAGAAUCGAGUGUAGGGAGUUCCCCUGUUGACCAGAAUUCAGUAUCUGAUGUUGAGACUUUAGAAUAAGAAUACAUAAGAGACUGGUAGAGCGUGGUCUCUGUAGGGGAGUACAUGUUCCAUGGUGACAUAUGAGCCUUUCUCAUGUGAUGCUAUUGUUGCUUGAAUUGCAAAAACACUUGUCUUGGUUGCCAAUCUUCAUUUCUAUUGUUUGUUUGCAGUUUGCAUAAGCAUCGUCACUAAGAAAGUCUGAGUAUCUGACGGUCUCUACACCACACCACAACAUUUGGUGAGACUGUUGCAAGUUAUUGUGGAUGGUGACUUGCCGGGGAUGAGAAAAGAGGACAUGAAAGCUUCGUUGAAGGAAAUCAGCGCAGAGAAAAUUGAGUGUUGAGAAGAUAUAAAGAAUGGAGCUUUGGGUUCAAAGGGAACUUGGGAUUUGAAGAAGGAAACUGGGUCUCUUGCC